AUGGCUGUAUUUCUCACUCACCCUCCACUCCCUCCCAUCCCUCACACUUCCCUCCCCCUACCCCCACUCAUCCUACCCUCCCUCUCCCCCUUCCCCUACCCCUACUUCCACCUCAUCCUACACUCCCUCCCAUCCCUCACACACCUCCCUACCCCCUACCCUCCCAUCCUACACACCCCUCCCUCCCUCCUCUCCCACUUCCCUCCCCCCCCACCCAUCCUCCUCCCACUUCCCCACCCCUACUUCCACCCAUCCUACCCUCCCUCCCCCUCCUCACUUCCCCCCCUACUUCCCACCCAUCAUGCCCCCUCCCACCCAUCCCCCUCCCAUACCCCCUCCACACUUCCCACACUUCCCUACCCCCUACUUCCACCCAACAUCCCCUUCCCCAUCCCACACUCCCCUACCCCUACCCAUCCUAUCCUCCCCUCCCAUCCCUCACACUUCCCUACCCCCUACUUCCACUCAUCCUACACUCCCUCCCAUCCCUCACACUUCCCUACUGACCAUCUCCACCCAUCCUACACUCCCUCCCAUUUCCCUCCCCCUACCUCCACCCAUCCUACUCUCCCACAGCACUAA